GCUGGGAUGGCCGCGGCUCGUGAGGACAGCGCUCCCGGAGUGGGCUGUGUGCCAGUGGCUGUGGGAGCGUGAGGCUGCUGUGGAGGUGGAAAGGGGUGGUUCUGGACUGUGCUGAGCCGGAAGGAGGUGGUUUGAGGAAGGUCCAGCUGUGGAUGUGUGCCCACUCAUCUUUGGGAAAUGUCCAAAGUUUCCACUUACGCCCUUCGAAUGGCCCGUCUGAGUGCUCAGAUAUUUGGAGAAGUUGUCAGGCCAACUGACUCAAAAUCCAUGAAAGUUGUAAAGUUAUUCAGUGAGCAGCCUAUAGCCAGAAGGAAAGAGGUCUACAGCUGGUAUCCACCUCACAACACCUACUACGCCCUCAUGAAGAAACUCCGUUUUCUUGGUCUCUACAGAGAUGAGCAUCAGGACUUCAAAGAGGAGAUGAGGCGGUUGAAAAAGCUCCGUGGAAAGGAAAAACCAAAGAAGGGCGAAGGAAAAAGAGCUCUCAAGAAGAAAUAGUGCCCACUGGACAAUAUAACAACUGUGGAAGUGCUGAAGAACACCUGUAACCCACAGUUUCUGUUCCCUGAUGGAGGGGGCUUAGUAUGAGAGCUUCAUUUGGAGCACAAGAAACACGUUGUGAAAUACUGGAGUCCACCUUGGGAGUGCAUUUGGGUCUUAGUGUUUUGCUGGGUAUUAUUAAUUCCUGUAUUUGAAGUAUUCUGGAUGCUGUAGCACAUUUGUUUAUCAUGAGAGCCUUCCUGUACCCAAGUAGUAACAACAAUAGUUGGAAAAAAAAAAAAGUCUUUGUGUUUUUCUUGAGUACAUCAGCAGCCAUGUUCCAGUUUUUCUGGAUUUGGAAAAUGUCUCUUUUCCUCUUUUACUUUCUUGCAUUGCUAUCAAUGCUGUUCUGCAUUUGACCACAAAAAGAAAAGUGUUUCCUCCUUCUGCUGCUUAUUAUCUUGCCUAUGAGGUUGAGUUUUGCUCCAGGUAGCUUCAACAUUGAUUAUCUUUUUAAAGUUGCUGUUAGAAUCUAUGGUUUUGCACUGCAUAAUCCUUGAUGUUCCAUUGCCUGCCUGCAGCAUCUCACUGUACCUUGAAUAUUUAGAUACUGCCAUAGAAGCAACUGAAAAGCGAGGGCUGAAGCUGCUUUCAGGACCCUUUCCUAAUUAAAAUACAUAUUUAAUAUUUAACAUAAUGUAAAAGGAUGUUGAAUAUAGUUCAGUUACCUAUUGGACACGUGGAGUGCUUCAGAAAGUACAAAACAGUUUUAUAGAUAUGCACUAAGUGCUGUUUUUUUUUGUUUUUUUUUAUAGCUAUGCCCCUUCAGUGUUGUUAAUAAUGACAUGUGUACUUUCUUUACCUGUCACUCACUGUCAGGGAACACAAAGCAUAGAAUGUAACUCUGCUGCUUUGUUGGCCACACAUGUAUCCUGCCCGAAGUGCCUUGAAACUACAUCUUUAAUUUCCAGGCCCCAGAAACCUAGAGGAACAGCCCUGAGCUACCGAAGGAGAGCUAUUCAAACCUUAAAAUGUCUGGGGCAGAAAGUGUAGCACAGUAAGCUUGGGGCAUGCUUAAUUCUUGCAUACAGAGUCAUUCUAAAGUAGGUAACUACUGACCUGGGGCCACUUCUAAACCAAGCUUGUUGAAAUGUGUUUUUAGAGGGGCUUGUCUGAUGGGUGAAAUUGAUGGAUUUACAUAAAUUUGUAACAGCUUCACAUUUUCUUUCCUUCACCAAUGUUAUGAACUCAACUAGUGCCAAUUGAAUUAAAGGUUCUACUUGGAGAUGCUGUAGGGUCACAUUAACUGUGGCAGCUGUGGACUGCUGGUGUCUGUAGUAGCAGCAGCUAUGUUGGCCAGGACUUGGCAUCUUCAGAAACUGAACUGAAAAUCAAAUGUUUUCUCUGCACUUUAAAAGAGGAAAAUGCCAACAGCAAGCUUUGCUUUCCUGUGAAUGUAUAAAUAUACACAAUGAAGCGUGCACACAGCAAAAAUUGACUGUGUUUCUGCUCCAGUAAAGUAUACACAAUCUUAAACUCUGGGUGUGUGAGGAAUCCUGUUUAUUUGAGUAUGAUAUAUAAAAUGCUUACACAGCCUAAUAGAUCUGCUAAGUUUAUCCUUCUGAAUCUCCGUUAAGUCUGUUUAAGGACUCAGCAUCUACAGAGCCUAUGGAGAACAGUGAAUGCCACAGCUGUCCUGUGUCUUUGCUAGACAUAGGUAUGGAUUCAGCAGUGUAAUACUAAUUGGAGCUGAGGAUCAGAUCUGUUCUUGUCUGCUCAAAGCACCUGACUGUAAGGAGCUCUUGUCAUGCACAAGAAAGUGAAAGCCUUGUUGGUCUAAUCAGCUAUAACGAGCCCCUUUGUCUGCAACCUGACAGAGAAAACCUACCCUUGGAAUCAAAGCAUCACACUGGGAGCAUGCUUUGGGAACACACGGCAAAGUAUCCAAAAAGGCUUGGUAAGUGAACAGCUGUGAAAUAAACACAGACAAUGAAUCACUGGUGUUCAUCCCCGUUCUGCAGUGUUUAUGAAAGCACAGUGGACAGAGUGAAGUCAUUUUAAAGAACAAUCAGAACUUUGAAAAGAAAAAGCAUUUUUGAUACAUCAUGACAGAUAUUAACCCAGUGUGUGUUUUUAGGAGGGGAAGUAGGGUUUCGCUCAUAUUCAGAGGAGUAAGGAUGAGAAAACUUAACUUAGAACUGUCAGUAUAUGCCAUAUCCAUUUUAUGUACUAAUAAUAAGGCUCAAUUUUAUUUUUAUUUUCCCUUUGCAAUUAUUCUUUUCACCAUUUGAACUCCAUGUUUUGUUACAUAAUUCACUCUUCCUGAGGUUACGAGCUGACUGUCCUUGGCAAACGUUUAGAUGGAUAUUUUAAUUCUCGAACGGAAUUAAUCCAGAUGAGUGAUCUCUGAGGGAGUAAAUGAGAGCCCUACCCCUAACCUCUUCUGAAUCCUGAACAGGUUAAUUAAGUGCCACUGCUGCCCUCUAUUAAAGGCGAGCAAGAACAGGCAGAGGAUGUGCAAAGGCUUUAAGUUAAAAGUGGAGGCUUAGGUUAGAUAUUAGGAGGAAAUUCUUUACUGGGAGGGUGGUGAGGCACAGGAACAGGUUGCCCAGAGAAGCUGUGGAUACCCCAUCCCUGAGUCCUUGGGCAGCCUGAUCUGGUGGGUGGUGGCCCUGCCCACAGCAUGGGUUGGACUGGAUGGGCUUUAAGGUCCCUUCCAACCCAGGCUGUUCU